UCCUGCUUGCUUGUUUUGGACUUCGCAGAGUUAGCUACGUUAUCUAACAAUAUAGUGUAUUGAUCGUAGUGUGUCAGUUGUGUUAUAAUUUUAUCGUUGAGGAGGUAAUAAUGUCAGGAGGAACUCGACUAGAAAACGCCAAUCCUCUGAUAUUUCAGCGAUCGGGGGAAAGACUCCUGACUGCCACUGAUGAAGAUGAGGAUCUAGCGGAUCCCAUCGAUGACAGGGAGAUCUUCGAUCUGAUCAGAUCGAUCAGUGACCCUGAGCACCCACUGUCCCUCGAAGAGCUCAAUGUCGUGGAACAAAUGCGCGUCAAUGUGAAUGAUGAGGAGAGCACUGUGUCUGUGGAGUUCACACCGACCAUCCCACACUGCAGUAUGGCCACACUCAUUGGCCUGUCCAUCAAAGUCAAGCUUCUGCGCUCCCUUCCUGACAGAUUUAAGAUUGAUGUUCACAUCACGCCUGGCACACAUGCCUCAGAGGAUGCAGUCAAUAAGCAGCUUGCAGACAAAGAGAGAGUGGCAGCAGCUCUGGAGAACUCUCAGCUGCUGGAGGUGGUCAACCAGUGUCUGUCCACCAGAACCAUGUGAUCCCAAGAAUCCCGCCGCUGUCAUGUAGUCCUUUGACAGAUCAGGACUGAACUCCUACAGGCUAGCCAGAGUUGAGUGAUAAUUACAGCGUUAAUAUGUUUUGUAUAAUCUUUUAUAUAUCUAGUGCUGUACUCGACAAACAGCACCAGAUCAGGAGGACUGCUUAGUGCUUAUAAAGUAAGAGAUGCAUCCAAAUUGAGUUUAAAAAUGUGUCAGGAAAAGAAACAGUGGUAAUAGAGAAUUUGUAGGGAUGCACCGAAAUGAAAAUUCUUGGCCGAAGCCGAACUAAAUUAAACACUGGGC